AUGACAUUGGUGCCAGUUUAUGCUAAAUUCGAUCCAAAGUUUAGAAAAACCCUAAAAUGUUACGCGCCUUUUAUAGACAAUUAUGUGAAGUUCGUGUUUCAAGAAGAAAAACCUUAUUUGGAUUCUAUAGUGGAUAGCAUGUAUUGUGCUAAAGAAUGGAUAUUAGAUCGUACUUUUGGCAAAGAUAAGGUUCGUAAUGAAUGUGACACAACCGUAUGUGGUAAUGAACAUCCAGAUGCGGACAAAUGCGCUGAAAACGGUAAUGGAAACGAAGAAAAGGUUGUGAAUAAUAUAGCAGACCAGCCUUCAGUGGAAAAAAAUAAUGACGACGAAAAAACAUGUGAACAAGUUGGUGCAGAUAUAAACUUAUUCGCUGAACAGAUAAAAACUAACUAUGAAGAGGCUUCUCUCAUAAUCAAAGAGUACAGUAAUAACUCCUACGAGAACAUAAGAAAUGCAAUUACUAAUCUGGACAAUAAUGUAUGGGGUAUAUUAAAAGACUUGGAAAAGGAAAAAAAUAAAAAAUAUGUUGAAAUUCAAGAACAAAUCAUGAAUAAAAUGAAAGCUCUAGGUCAGAGACAAACAGCUCUUAGCAGCCAAGACCUAAAAUGUACUCCCGAAGAACGUAACACCGCUAAGGAAACACUUAGGGCCGCAUUAGAAACUAUCCGUCAGGCCAAAGCAAAGUUGGAAGAUGAGCUAAAAAACCUUGCAGUUUAUGAAAACUAUCGAAAUAAAGUACAAUCUAGAUGGAACCAAACAAUGGAAGAAUUUGAAAGCAUUUUCCCGCAUGCUACGCUAUCAAAAGAUAAUUUGAAGCUCACGAAUGCCGAUUUCGAUCUUUUUUUACUGUACUCAUUUGAAGCGUUACAGAACAUCCGCAAAAACAUUGAGCGAUUGAACUGUUCUGCAUCUGAAAGAAUUAAUAAAGUCGUAUCAGACAACAAAGACAAAAUAAAGAGGUUGACAAAUGAAAAAUAUAAAGAAGAGUCAGCUAAGCUGCAAUCUGAUUACAAUCAAAAGAUUAAGGCAAUAUAUGAAGGAUGCAAUGCUCGUGUUGAAGAACAAUUAAGAGCUCAAGAAGCUUUGCACGAUGUUCAAUUACGCGAAAUAGUAGAAAAUGCACAAAUGACGGCUUCUAGUAAAAUAAGCGAAGAACUUACUGCUCUAGAAACUAUGGAAAACCAUAAAAUGAAUACCGAACUAAAAAAAAUGGAAGAUAGGUUCCGACAAGUGAUGCAAACAUUAAAAGUUCAAGCGGAAGAUCAGAAGAAGAUGUUUGCGUCACAACCAUUGUGGGCGGCAGGUCAGUCGAUGUUGAACGCCAUUGACAAACCUGCGUCUACUUUAACCGGCCAUUCAGUCGUACACGUGGAUGACGAGAUAUCCGCUAUCAAAAAGGCGGCUGAGGGCGAUGAGACAGUAGAGGCCAUCAUAAACUGGAUACCAGAGGACGCCAUGAAGUGGGGUGUAAGUACUUCGGUGGAGCUGAAAGACCGGUUUGAUAAGUUGUCGGCGGUGGCAGCUCACGUUGCCCAAGUGCCAGAGGACAAGGUGUCGCUACUGCGACUUGGCCUAAGCUACCUAAUCAGCAAGUUUGUGGUGCUCAAUGGCGAAACGGACGGACAAGACGUGCCGGUCGACGCGGGUACAUACAAUUUGCUGAAACACGCAAAAUACUGGGUGGACAGAAACGAUAUGUCCAAAGCUGUUCCUUAUGUGGAACGCAUCAGAGGAUUAUCUCGCAAUGUUUCCCAGCAGUGGGUGGAUGAAGUCCGCAAAUACUUAGCCAUCAAGCACGCGGCGCACGCUCUCAUGACUUACGCCUCUGUUACGUCCCUUUCGUUUGUGGAACAUCGCAAGGAUAAUAAUUCUAAAGUGUAA